AUGGCAGAAAUUCAGGACGUACCGCCGACCAAGCUGUCCUCUGAGCGUGCCCCGCUCCUUCCAGAACGGCAGGAUGCAAUAGAACCAUACAGUAGACGCCAAUUUUCCCCAUUGACGCUUCUAAUUCCGCUGGCUGUCGCGACACGACUUACUUCGACGCUUCCUACGACGACAUUAUUGGGGGUUAUCCAAUCGGUCAUUUGUCGGCUGUGGCUUGCGUCAAAUGGCAACUUACCGUCAGAUGGGGAGAUAUCUAAAGAACUAUGCGCAGUUCCAGAGGUGGAGAAAACAUACGCUGCAGUCAUUUCAGCUGUUAUGAUUUUCGAUGGGCUUGGAGCCAUGAUCGCAUGCAGUGCGAUUAGCUAUAUUAGCUCCAGAAUCGGGAGAAAACCGGUUAUCCUUGGCACAGUUGCCAUUAGCUUUCUGGGGUAUUCUCUUAUGGUCUGCUCCCAGUACCUGCCUGGAUGGCUAGAAGCAAGCCUUAUGAUCGCCUCCCUCUUCGUGCAAACGUUCAGUGGUAUAAUGACUACGACGUUCAUUGUGAACGUCUACGCCGUUGAUAUCUCCAGUCCUGAGGACAGAACACCCAUUUUGAGCGCCAUUAAUGGUUGGGCUACGCUAGGCCAAACGGCCUCCUUUGCUCUUGGUGGACUUCUCACCACCAAGACCAAUGACCCGCUGAUCGUGUUUUACAUCUCUAUCUCCACCCUCGGGGCAGUAUUUGUGUAUAUCUUGGCUUUCCUCCCCGAAUCAUUUCCAGAAGAGAAACGCGAUGAACUGCGUCGCCAGCGCCUCGCUCAGCAGAAUGUAGAACCAAGCGUUCGUCGAAAUUUAUUGAACCGCUUCACAUCUGCGAUAGCCAUUGCGUUCGAACCUUUGAAACAGCUGGCACCUACCCGCAACGCGGAUGGCAGACAGAACUGGCGAGUUGUGUAUUGCGCAAUUCAUAUCAUCAUCACGAUGAUUGCGAACUCAUAUACGGCGCCAGCCCUGAUAUUGUUGUACACAACAAAGUACGGCUACAACCCUGCUCAGACCGGAACUGUGUUAACGACACUGAGCUUCAGCGCUGCGUUCACUCUUACGUACAUGGUGCCCUCGCUGAUUCGCAUAUUGCGGCCCAUUUACGCCAGAAAGGUUGUUCUCCUCGAAGACCAACAGGGCCCUGGCGAUGACACUGUCGUAGCGAUGCCGACUGACCGUCUUGAUAUCCAUAUCGCUUUCGUCUCCUGGGUCAUCUGUGCCGUUGCCUAUUCGAUGGCGGCUGCAACGUCGACUCGUACUUUACAUCUCAUAGCGGUGACCGUCGCUGGGUUCAGUGCAGGACAUACUCCCAUCAUUCGAAGUCUCGUGGCGUCAUCGGUCGACCCCUUAAAACAAGGAGAGGUACUAGCUGCUAUCGAAAUGAUAUCAAGCAUCGGAGCCUUCCUCUCUCCUCUUGUCAUGGGCAGCAUAUUUACUGCCACGAUCUCGACUCAGCCGAUGUUGGUGUUCCAUAUCCAUGCGGUGAUCGUGAUCGCAGCUGCGUCGCUACUCUUCCUCAUCAGAGACUCCGACCGUUAUCAGAAGCCAUAA